UUGCACCAGCAUGGAGCUGACACCAAGAGAGGUUACUGGAGAGGAGGCAGAUUGGUACGAGCUCCUGAUGCCACUGCUCGAACCCAUGGUGGAGAUGGGCGUCCUGGACAACGAUUUACCACCGCUACAGGUUGACCCAGACGACCUACCCAUGUUAACAAUGUUAACAGAAAAUUAUAUAUGUUACCUGGGUGACUAGUUAACUUACUCCAGUUGCAUGCAACCCUCUUACCUGGACAUGAACCCACUAGGUGAUGUUACCAAGCAGUACAUGAACCAUCAGUACCCGGUCUCUGAGUGGCCUGUCCAUUACCUGCAUGCUCCCACACCACCGCAGUGUCUUGAAGGACCCCCAAAGAUGCUGCCGGAGCGUGCAACUCAUAAAGACAUUCCUGCCUCCAUAAAGGUCUCUACAUCAAAAAAGAGGAAACGUGACCUCCUGGAGGGUGGAGAGAAGGCGUAUAUUAAAAAGCCACCAAAUGCCUUCAUGAUCCUCAGGAAAGAGCAAAUGUCAACAGUCAAAGCUCAGCUGAAUAUCAGUAACAAUGCUGAGGCUAAUAAAGUCCUGGGUCACAUGUGGAGGUCGCUCUCAGCGUCGCAGCAGGAACAAUAUUACCAGCUUGCUGACGUAGAAAACAAAAUCCACCAGGAGUUGUACCCAAACUGGUCCUACACAGACAACUAUGGCAAAAGAAAGAGGAAGCAGAGAGCAACAGUCUCAACAAGGAUCAAUCAAUGUGUUUGUCACUGUGUGACAGAAUAAAAUGCAGACCUGCCAACAUGAAUGCACUUUGCUGCUCCCUAGUAGCAAUCUCCAUCUUUGCACCAGCAUGGAGCUGACGCCAAGAGAGAUUACUGGAGAGGAGGCGGAUUGGUACGAGCUCCUGAUGUCGCUGCUCGAACCCAUGGUGGAGAUGGGCGUCCUGGACAAGGAUUCACCACCGCCUCCAUUGGUUGACCCAGACGACCUACCCAUGCUAACAAUGUUAACAGAAAAUGACAUAGGUUACCUGGGUGACCAGUUAACUUCUUCCAGUUGCAUGCAGCCAUCUUACUUGGACAUGAGCCCAGUAUGUGAUGUUACCAAGCAGUACAUGAACCAUCAGUACCCGGUCUGAGUUGCCUGUCUAUCACCUGCAUGCUCCCACACCACCGCAGUGACUUGAAGUACCCCCAAAGAUGCUGCGGGAGUGUACAUCUAUAACUCAUAAAGACAUUCGUGCCUCCACAAAGGUCUCUACAUCAAAGAAACAUGAUGUCCAGGAAGGCAGAGAGAAGGCAUAUAUUAAAAAGCCACCAAAUGCUUUCAUGAUCUUCAGGAAGGAGCAAAUGUCCAAAGUCAAAGCUCAGCUGAAUAUCAGCAAGGUGACGAAUCAACACAACUAAAGAAGCCAGAUGUGCUUGGAGAUGAGUCUUUGCACAGCUGCUAGUUCCCAGCUUUGUGACUGCCCUGCUGCUGCUGCAACAUGUGCAACCUGAAUGUGGUAAUCUGAAAUUCAUGAAAUGCAGCUGGCGCAAGGCAGCAGCACACACCUGAUGACAAUUAAGCGGCAGCCUAUUUAACCUGGCUGCUGACAACAUGUGAGCGCCGGAACCUUGUCUACUGUUUUUCAACAGUCGCACAUGUCAUUGGUCUUGCCAGAGAACUCCCUAGUUCAUCUUGUGCACAUCCUUUCAGGUUUGCCUUAUUAUUCCUAGCCUUGUCUGGUGUCUUUAUUUGUACUUUAUUUUCUGUUUUACUUCUUUCAUGAAGUAUUUUUCCGUAGCCUCGUCUAGCGAUUUUGGUUUUUUGGAUAUCAUAUCUCUUAGUAGUUUUUGCAUGGUGAGAUUUUUGUUUUCCACCAUCGCUUUGUUUGGCAAUUUUUUGCUACUUCCUAAAUAAAGGGAAUAACUCUUGAUAACACACUAUGCGUCUCUGCAUCCUUGGGAUCCACUCACCUACUCGUUACA